CUACAGUGACGUGUGUCUGUGUGUGUAAACAACCGUUGAGACAUUUAAAUAGUCAGCUGUCAGAAAAGACACGGAGCGACCACGCUGACGGUUUUCCAGGCUGUCUCAGGCUGCCGUACUCGGAGCUAUGAUGCUGCAGCACCACGACUCCUCCAGGACCUCGCCGGUGUUUCUCCUCUCAAAGAAAAGACCCUCCCUGACGUCCACCGGCGGCCCCCUCGCUCAGAACUUUGCCGAAAUGCUGCCGACGGAGAUGAGCACGAAGAUCUUCGGCGAGCUGGACGCAGAGAGUCUGUGCAGCGCCGCGCGCACCUGCAGGCUGUGGCACGACAUCAUCGAGGAGAGCGAGCAGGUGUGGAGGAGGCAGUGUCUGCCGGUCCGAGCCGUGUGUCAGAGGGAGGUCGACGGAGACCGGAGAGACGGCCUGUCCUGGAAGGUGACGCUGGUGAAGAACUACAGGAGGAGCUGUGUGAAGAGAGACUGGCUGAGAGGGCGCUACAGCCACGUGAGGUCAGCGGAGGAGCUGAGCGGCAGGAAGAUGGCGCCGCUGGACGCCGAGACCUGGGGAGAGAUCCUACAGGCCGAGCUGGACAGAUGCCCCCCCCCCCCCCCCCCACACACACACACACACACACACACACACACACACACACAGACGCACACGCUGCUGCUUCACCGAUCUUAAUUCAAAACGCACCUCUGGCACUUCUGAGUGCCGGAUUGUUAACUCUUAAUAUAUUUUAUACUUUGUAAAUACACACAAAAAUAAUUGUACAUAUUAUUUUUUGUUAAUUUUUUUAAAGAAAAAAAAGGAUCAUGAAGAAAAUGAAAUAUUGACAUUAUUGGAUGGAAUUAUGUUCAAAUCAAGCUUUUAUUGCGUUGAUGUAAAAUCAGCUGAGAUGCAAUAAAUAAAUGUUGCCGGGACGAUAUCAGAGAAUUCAGCGCUGUAUUUCUUCCCUCCUGUUGUCCUCGGGUCAAAUUUGACCCGUUUAAAAAAAUGUUCUAUAUCAGAACUACGACAAAAGAACGUUGGAAAAAGUCAGAAAUCGACAAAAAAACUAUUUUUUUUUUAAUUGGAGAAGUACUUUAAGUGGAGAAGUAUAGUAGUGGUGCGCAAAGUGUUUCUCUUAUUGUGUCCACUAGGAGUGGGUCAAAAUAUUGAUUCGGCGAUAUAUCGUUACAAGAAUCGAUACGCUGGCGCCAAAUAUCGCUAUAUUUUUUUAAAGACCAGUUGAACGCCGUGCAUAUAUUUUAAUAAACAGAUAUAAGUCAUGCAUUUCCAUGUAAUUACAUUUCACAAACGUAAUUCCUAUCGACCCAUUGGGACAUCACGGACCGUGGGAGAUUUCAAGCGACAGUUCAGUUCACGUUGCAACACGUUCCUCGUUCGACUGGUCGUGACUGUUUUCC